AGUGCCAGUCAACCCUGAAAGGCCUCGCCACGGAAGUCCAUUAAUUCGCAGAGCAGAAUUUAACAGGAGAAACAUGCAGAUUCCGGCUGCGCAUCGCUUCUUGGCUGUGUAUCUCACGCUGUUUGGAUACCUUGGGGACGUUUACGCGGGGACAGUGCUGGUGAACUCCAAUGCAAUCAAAAACUUGCCCGGUGGCAAAGGCACCGAUACUGUCAGCCCGAGUCCGCGGACAUCUCCCGCCGGUAUCGGACACAAAAUACCCGGAGACACCUUGCAGCAGUCAGGUGUUUGCACGUAUGAUGAAGACUGUGGAGGUGAUGAAUUCUGCAACGACGCCCGAGGCGCCUGUCUGCCCUGCCGUAAGAGCCGGAAGCGUUGCGCACGGGACUCCAUGUGUUGUGCAGGAAACCGCUGCAGCAAUGGUGUUUGCCAGGCAAAUGAUAUAUAUGGUACAGAUGCAUCCAUCAUCACUGGCCCGCACAAACACAACAACACCAUGGAGCAUCACAGCAAGAAGCCUCCCACUGCCCACAGCAAUCAGCCUCAUGCUGCUAAAGGCCAGGAGGGUGAUACUUGCCUGAGAUCUGCAGACUGCUCUGAGGGUCUGUGCUGCGCCAGACACUUCUGGUCUCGCAUCUGUAAGCCCGUGCUGACGGAGGGCCAGGUGUGCACACGCCACCGCAGGAAAGGCACCCACGGCUUGGAGCUGUUCCAGCGCUGCGACUGUGGCGACGGUCUGGCCUGCCGACCAGAGAAAGGAGAGCGAGACCACAGUGUCAGCAGGACUGCAGCCCGGAACCUACACACCUGUCAGAGACGCUGACACUAUAGCGUGGACACAUAAAGAGACAGAAAUACACACUCAACACACACACACACACACACACACACACACUCAGCAAGCCCACAAAUCAGUCACAGACACUGACAAACACUUCUCAGCCUUGCAUACACCAAAGAUGCUGACACA